AUGAGUGCGGAAAAUGAGGCGCUCUUCAAAUUCUCCAAUCUUCCUAUCCUUGGUGGGGGCUUCGUCUUUCUUGCUCUCCCGUGCAUCAUUACUCACGCAAUUACGAAGCACAGCCCACUGCAUGGCAUGUCCCUUGCUAUGAUGGAGCGCGCUGACAUUGAGUUCCUUGUGCUUAUAGAGGGCGUGGAUGCUCCCACAUCAGCUAAACUGCAAGCCCGACAUUCCUACUCGCCUUGUGACAUCAAGUUCAACCACCGCUUCAGCACCAUGGUCAGGCGGUCACCAAGUGGAAUCCGACGCGUGGACUUCACCAAGUUUCACGACGUCCAGCCUGUCCCAGCUACUCUUCGCCGCCCCCACUUCCUCCCCCACGCUCCCUCCUGGGAGAAUCUCCGCAACCUCUCCUCCCUCUCCUCUCUCCCCAGCGUUCUCCGCCACCCCACUGCUGUCUCAACCGACAAAUUAGGUGCCAUUAUGGGCCGAAAGGAUGCCCCUCACCCUUUCCCAGCCCCUGACGCUGCUUCUGCCUCUCAAGUCUCCUUGGCUUAUCCUCCCUCCGUUUCCGCUGCUGCUGCUGCUGCCGCUGCCGGUGACUCCACGGCUCCUGUUGCAGCUGACACGAUUCGAAAGAACUCAAGCUUCAUGAACAUUCUUUCUCUUGGGUUUGGGCCUGGGUUAGGCUGGGGAGGUGGGGUAUGGGGGAGUGGAGUGUGGGGUGGUGGAGUGUUGUGGAGCGGAGGAGCAGGCACAGGAGCAGAUGAAGGGUCAAGAGGAACAGUAGCAGCAGGAAGAGGGAGUUUAUCAGCCACUGGGAACACGGCUAGUGAUGCGGUCCGUGGAGGCAGUGUGGAUGCAAGCACGUCUGGUGUUGCUGCUGAAGACUGGGGAAGAGUCCGUGAAUGCAGAGCUACAAGUGACUCAGCAGCUGUUGGGGGAGGAGCAGGAGGAGGGCGAAGUGGUGGGCAGGGUCACAAAGGCGGAGCGAUGUUCCUGCCUCUGGCCGGCAUGGAGCAUGAAUUGUCCAUGGCCUCCCUCCCUCCAGUUUUUGAAGGCAGCUCCGGCAGCAGCAGCCCAGCCAGUGUUCCUCCAGCUGUUAUAUCAAACUCAGGUGUUUUCAACAGAUCAGGUGUGUGGAAUGCUGCUCAUGUAGGCACAUGGUCCAUGGAAGCAACAGCAGAGGCUGCAGCGAGUGGAGCUGUGGUGUUAGCUCCUGUAGCAAUCGCAGCCGCAUCAACAGCAGUCAUAGCACGAGAUGAAGAUGCAGCAGCCACGGUAGGAACAGCUGCAGGAUCAGCGGCACAAGCUCAUGCGUUCGAAGGGAGGAAGCAGAUGAGGCGUAUGGUUAAACGGGGGAGCACGGAGAGAUGGGACCGGAUUGGUGGUGGGAUGACAACGGAACAAGGGCGACUUAGCAGGCGUGUAUCAUUUGAGGUAUCACCUGUCGCCGAAUUGGUUGGCGAGGGAGGGGCACAGCAAGGGGCUGAGCCGACAGCAGGGAGGGAAUGUGCAAGCGUGGCUCCCACUGCAGCAGUGCUGGAUGGGGGGUGGUCUAGAAGGCAUGAAGACAGCAAGGAAUUGACUCAAAGAGCAGACAGGCAAGAAAUUGAGGAAAUGGGUGCUGAAACUCCCAACAAGAAGGGGCGGAGGGAGCAGAGGGAUUCAGGUGGAAGGAGGCAUGGGAGGACCUUCAGUGAACCGCCCAUUCCUGUGCCCAGCAGAAAACGAAACAGUAUUUCUAGCAGCAGCAGCAUGAGUGGAGGCAUUGGAGUUGGUGGCAGGAGGAGCAGUGGUGCAGGCAAGCAGGAGAGAAGUUCCGGUGCCUCAGGCCUGCCAGGCUGCUGGACAGAUCCAAGUCCGCUGCUGCUGAUGAACUCCUUCAGUGUGCGAUCGGCAUCACACAUGCUGGAAAUGGAUGCACUCCACAGGAUUGCUGUGGCAGAGAAGAGGGAGCAGCAGUGGCGAUCACUUGUUGUGGACCUUGCCAUCAAGGUGCAGAGCAGCAAAGCACUCCAUGCGCCUGAUGUUGAUUGCCAUCCACUCCUCAAUAGAGCCAAGGAGUUUCUAGAAAAGGCUGCGGAAGAAGAUGAUGUUAUAGUUUCGAAGAGCAAUGUGGAUUCAAUUCCUGUCCUUUCGCAAACAGAGGUGGCGAAGAGGCUUGCUGGCCACAAGCAUCCUAAUCAACAAAACUAUCGCGCGUUUUACUCGAGUGUGAUCGGUGGAAUCACGAAGGACCCAGCAGCUAUGGUAAUUCCUAUUGACGAUCACAUGGCUCACAGAGGCCACGCUGUUUUUGACACCGCCAUUAUUUGCUCAGGGGUUUUAUAUGAGCUUGAUGAGCAUGUUGACCGUUUUAUGAAGUCAGCUCGUGCGGCAAGAAUUGAACACUCAUAUUCUCGGGAAGAGCUUAAAGCUAUUAUCAUCCGGACUGUCGCUGUCAGCGGAGUUAGGGACGGCAGUACUCGAUACUGGCUCUCAGUUGGACCUGGUGGUUUCACUUUAUCCACUAAAGAGUGUCCAAGAUGUACCUUUUACGUCAUGGUAGUUGCGGAUAAUAAGUUCACAAAUCUGGAGGCUCGAGUUGACGGGGUUACAGUGGCUACGUCAAGUGUUCCAAUGAAAGCGCCAAUGUUUUCAACCAUGAAGAAUGUAAAUUACAUGCCUAAUACUCUGGUGAAGAAGGAGGCUGAAGAGAGGGGUGUGUUUGAAGGCAUUUGGAUUGAUGAGAAUGGCAACGUUGGAGAAGGUCCCAGCAUGAAUGUUGCCUUUGUUAAUGACCGAAACGAGUUUCUUGUUCCUGAGUUCAGCCGGGUAUUGGCAGGGUGUACAAUGAAGCGAGUUUUGGCACUCGCAGAAGAACUGUUGGAAAAAGAUUCAGUUCCGAGAAUAAGCAGGAUUAGCCACCGGCCAGUUUCAGAGUCUGAAGCACGACAGUGCAAGGAGAUGAUGCUUGUGGGCAGCGGGGUGUUGGUGACCCCUGUGAUUCGAUGGGAUGACCAAGUCAUUGCAAGCGGUUCUCCAGGGGCAAUUACCAUGGCUUUGCGGAAGCUGCUAGCAGCGGACCUACAUGGCGGUUAUUCUCAUAUCCAGGUCAACUAUGUGUAA